AUGGACACUCCGUUAGGUUACAUACCGAAGUCGCCCAUCAGUCUCGCAAUAUCCGCCAUUCUGGCCCUAGUCCCCCAUCCAAAGGACCUAAAGCCAUCCUCACCGGAGUCAGUGCGACUUCGACGGUCGUAUGCCCAGUGGUUUUCUCGAGCAUCCUUAGAGAGCGUUGAGACGGAAUCCGAAAUUGCGGAGUCUGGUGCCAACCCUUCCCAAGCCCUUCUCAACGAACAUCCUAUCCCUAAACGACCAUCACUUCACCCGCAUGUCCCCGUUGAAUUAGAGGCCAUUCUCGCACUUCUAAUUCUCAGCGUUUACGAAUAUGCCCAGCGAGGAAAUCUUGUCAAAAUGCGACACCGUGCUGGUCAGGCUUUUGUUACAGCAAUGAACAUGUCGCUGCAUGCAUUACCACCAGAAGAUAGCAUUUAUGCUGAAGCGAGACGACGCGCCUGGUGGAUGACCUGCUGGCCGCUGCUGAUGAGAGCCCAGCAUGCCCUUAUCGCUGGGACUCAAUUUAUCAUUGAUCUUAACCAAACCUUAAAAUCCCGAGGUGACAUGUCAUAUAUUUACGAACGGAUGAAGAAGAUUGACGCUUGGAUUCGCCCCGUUUUGGCCCAAGCCAACACUGCCCCACCUGUGUCUCCUGUGAGCGGAAUAACUGAUUCUGAAGCAAUAACUGCGCAAAGCAUCCGAAAAAUAUGUCUUAUAAAGCUCUCGAGCGACUGA